GUGGCGUUGACUACUCUUCAUCUCGUACUACUGCCUAGCCGUCCUUGCUUUCGCCACGCUUCCGCAUACGAAACUCUUGUCGGACGCACAAAUCAUUCACAAUGGCUUCGACGCAACGACCUAUCGUGUUCAUGGACAUCAACAUCGGAGAGACGCCAGCCGGAAGGAUAAAGAUGGAGCUUUUCAGCGAGACUGUGCCCAAGACCGCAGAAAACUUCCGACAACUGUGUACAGGGGAAUACAGAGUAAACUCGCGUCCGCAAGGAUAUAAGAACGCGACCUUCCAUCGGUACGUAGUGCCAAACUUCAUGUGUCAAGGCGGCGACUUCAUCAAGGGUGAUGGGACAGGAACAUUCUCGAUAUACGGUGACAAAUUUCCGGACGAGAACUUCCAAGAGAAGCAUACAGGCCCAGGCUUACUAUCCAUGGCAAACUCUGGACCCAACACGAACGGUUGUCAGUUCUUCAUAACCACCGCCAAAUGCGACUUCCUCGAUGGCAAACACGUCGUCUUCGGUAAAGUCAUCGACGGCAUGCUCACGCUCAGGAAAAUCGAGAACGUACCCACAGGUCCCAAUAACAGGCCGAAAUUGGCAGUCAAGAUCGUUGAGUGUGGGGAGAUGUAGACGUAGGUGAUGGUCUCGCAUCAACUUGUCGCAAUACAAAGUCUGGUGGGUUCGGUCAAUCAGGGCCCCAGAUCGAUGUUAUGUCGUGCUGUGCGCACUGGCUCCACAGAAAAAUGAC